UGUAUGUUAGUAUACAUUCAUUUCUUCUGGUGGGCUCUCCGCCUCACAAUAUAAUCGUAUCGGUUCAGUCGUAUCGUCGUCCAAACACCGCGAUCACUUAUUACUACUCUGCUCGCGGCUACGGCUAACGAUCAUUUUCAUUAAUAUACAUAUACAUAUAUUAUAUGUAUAUCUAUCUAUGCUACUUAUUAACAAUUAUAAUAGUAGUACACUUGUAAUAAUUUAACUAAUUACACUCACUUGUCGCUCUCAUUAUUAUUGAACCAACCGAUUUUCAACAUCUCUCAUUAUCAAUAAAUAAUAAUAUAUAGAGCAGACAAUUAUCACUUAAUUUAAAUAUAUUUAUAUAUAAAAAAAAGAUAAAAAAACUUUUUAUUAUUCUUCAUUAAAAUUAGUGAGACUGUGCAUUCGAGCUAACGAACUUGAUAGAUAACGUUUUUUUAAAUUAAAUUUUCACUUUAAAAAAAACGUCAAAAUGUUUGUGGAAUAUGCGGUACAGUGUAUCACAAAAGACAUUAGCAAGUUUGAAAUAAUAAAUAUAUACAAUAUUGUGAUAUUCAUUGUGGUAUUUGGACUAGUCAGACUUAUUUAUUGGGCCCGGAAUCUGCGACGUUUACCGCCCGGACCUUGGGGAUUCCCCAUUCUCGGUUAUCUCCCGUUCAUAAAGGGUGACUUGCAUCUGCAGUUUGGUCGAUUAGCUGCUAAAUACGGGUCAAUGUUCAGUGCUAAACUUGGUAGUCAGCUUAUUAUUGUUCUAAGCGACUAUCGUACCAUUCGAGAAACAUUCCGGCGAGAAGAUUUUUCCGGAAGGCCACACACUGAAUUCAUGAAUAUUCUUGGCGGUUAUGGAAUUAUCAAUACUGAAGGUGCGAUGUGGAAAGAACAGAGAAAAUUCCUUCAUGAAAAGUUACGAGGUUUCGGCAUGACUUACAUGGGAAACGGAAAAAAAUCCAUGGAGACCAGAAUCAAAACGGAGAUAGAGACUCUGAUGCAGACACUAUCAAUCAAGUGCGGCGCUCCAACAGAUCUUUCACCUUCGCUCAGUCUAUCAAUCAGCAAUGUCAUCUGCUCGAUUAUCAUGGGAGUUCGGUUCUCACACGGCGAUGCCAAAUUCCGAAGAUUUAUGGAGCUAAUAGAUGAAGGUUUCAAACUCUUUGGUAGAAUGGUUCCUGUUAAUUUCAUCCCACUGAUGCGAUACCUGCCCGGACUUUGCAAAGUCCGUAAUAAAAUAACUCACAAUCGAAAUGAAAUGGCCGAAUUUUUCCAAGAAACUGUUGACGAACACCGCAACACCUUUGACAAAGAUAAUGUACGAGAUCUCGUGGACGCUUAUCUAGUAGAAAUUGAGAAAGCUCGCACAGAAGGAAGGUCCGCAACAUUAUUCCAGGGAAAAGAUCACGAUCGUCAAAUGCAGCAAAUACUGGGUGAUUUGUUCUCUGCUGGAAUGGAAACUGUGAAAACGACUUUGGAAUGGGCUGUAAUUUUAAUGCUACACCAUCCAGAGGCAGCUAAAGCCGUCCAAGAAGAACUGGACCAAGUUGUUGGGAGAUCACGUAUGCCCGCGUUGGAAGACCUUCCUUACUUACCAAUUACCGAAGCCACAAUUCUCGAAGUAAUGAGGAGAUCCAGUAUUGUACCACUUGGAACCACUCACGCAACUACAAAAGAAGUUACGUUUAACGGAUUCACAAUACCAGCAGGAACGCAAAUAGUACCGCUACUCCAUGCAGUUCACAUGGAUCCGAAUCUGUGGGCCGAGCCAAAAGACUUCCGACCAACGCGGUUUCUCUCAGCCGAGGGUAAAGUCUGUAAACCCGAGUAUUUUAUGCCCUUUGGCGUGGGACGCAGAAUGUGUUUGGGCGAUGUACUUGCCCGCAUGGAACUCUUCCUAUUCUUCAGUUCACUUCUUCACACAUUCGACAUAAAACUGCCCGAAGGCGCAUCGCUGCCCAGUUUAAGAGGCAACGCCGGUAUCACUGUCACACCUGAUCCAUUCAAAGUCUGCCUGACACAAAGACAUCUCGAUAUUCCUCCUCCUCAACACGAAACAAAUGGCAGUCCAUUGAGAAAUAUCGGCAGUCAUUAAAAUUCUAAUGCGCGCUUUAGCUAUUUAUGACAGACAAAAAAAAAAAAAUUAACAAUCAGAGCCAUGAAUGUGUGAUAUAUAUGUUCGUAUAUAGAGUAUGUGAUCGUAAGUAAAAAAAAAAAAAAAUAAUUAAAAAAACGACAAGAGAUAAUAUUAGUUAGGUAGCUAGAUAAUUAGAUAGAUUGAUAGAUAAUAGAUGUAUGGAUGAAUGUAUGUAAUAUGUGUAAGUGUGACUGUGCGUAUGAGCGUGAGAAGAUGAACAAUUUUCGAUGGCGCGCGACAAGCAGUACAAAUCAAACACCAAAAUGUGUCAGCGCCUUCGUUGUAAACCCGCCGCCAUAUUAUUUAUUUAUUAUCAUUAUUAAUUUUAAACAUUAUCAUUAUUAUUAUUUUAAUUAAUAACAUUAAUUUAUUUACUAGUGAACAACUUAAUAAUUAGUUACUUGUACAUUAAUAGCAUCAUCUUUGUAUAUGCAUAUAUAUAUAUAUGACUAUGCAAAGUUUUAUAACUUAAGAUUAAGAGCAAAAGAGAAUGAGAGAUAAUAUUUCAUCGCAUCUGUUUUUUUUUGUUUUAUUUACAUUUAAAUAAUAUUAUUAUUAAUGAUUAUUACCGCGAAGAUAUGUGCCAAAAGUAUAUAACUGCCAGUUGGGCGUGCGCGAUCUCAUAUAUAGAUUGUAUAUAAAACUCUAUAAUGAUGACAGUAAUACCAUGCGCUAUUUUUGUAUAACCAAUAUGAUAAUAAGACUGACCUGCGGUUUUUUCCGAAGAAAAAAAACAAA